AUGAAGUCCAAACGUACGAAGAAGACUGAUGAUGGUUCUUCUAAGAAACAAAUCAAAGAGUCUAAAUCUACGAAGGUUCCAAAGAAGUUACCAAUUACUGAAGCAGAGCCAAAUUUACAGGAAGUUUCAGUUGCUGAUACACCCUUGACUCAAAAGAAAUUAUUCCUUCGAAGACCGGUGUUUUUCGAAAAAAUCAAAAUGAAAUCAAAGCACAAGAGCCGAUCUCCACUCAUGAAUGUUGUCCGAAAGCCACAGGUUACUCAUCAAGGACUUCUAUUUCGUGAAGUUCCAGCGCCUGCUUCACCCUCAUCAAAGAAACGAAGGGCUGCUGAUAUGGCUAAACACAUUUCCAAGAAGAAGAAGAAGAAAAUCAAAAUGACCAUCUCUUCUGAGUCUACAGCUGAUGAAGAUGAAACUAUUCUAAAGACUCCUGAAGCCAAUCUUAACAAAGAUACUUCUACUCCUACCCAGACAAUUGUUAUACCAUCUGAAGAUUUGAUUGCCAAGUCAUUAUUUGAGGAGGCCUGA